AUGGCAACAAAUCCAGUGGAUCAAGACGAUGAGCGUGAGCAGAUCUCUCAAAGUCUCCUACCGACUUCUUUUGCAUGCUCUUCUUUGAGUCGACUUUCCGGUGGCACUGCCAAUUUCGUAUAUCGGGGCACAUUAUCCGGGUCCACAAAAUCCAUCAUCAUCAAACAUACCAAAGGACAUUCUGCAUCGAAUCCGAACUUCAAGAUUGAUAGUAAGAGAUGUCACUUUGAAGUGGCCAUUCUCCGCACACUGAGCGAUCUACCGCCAUAUGUUGAGGCUGGUGUGACUGUCAAAACACCUGAACUCCUACAUUUUGAUACAGAUACAGAUACACAGAUUUUGGAAGAUCUCCCUGGCUCUGUUGAUUUGAAGACCUUCCUCCUUUCUGAUGUGUCAAGCGAGUUAUCCAAAUCAUCGGCUGAAGCUCUCGGUCGCGCGCUCGGAUCCUGGCUGCGAUCGUUUCAUGACUGGGGCAACAGCAAAGAUCAAUCGGGAUGCAAGGCAGCCCUCGGCGAAAAUGAAAGCAUGAGACAACUCAAAUUCUGGGUGAAUUACACCAUGUUGCUUGAUACUAUUGCGAAUUUCCCCGAUAUCCUCGACCCGAGUCGCCAUGUGUUUGAACAAGUUCGCGACUUUGCUGCGUCCGAGUUGACGAAACAGGACCACGACGAUGAAUUCGGAAUUAUCCAUGGUGAUUUCUGGAUUGGGAAUGUUCUUAUUCCCAACGUUGCGGUUGCCAGUCAAGUGGAUACCACUCUGUUCGUUGUUGACUGGGAGUUGGCGCAAAUCGGUACUCGGGCCUUAGAUCUCGGGCAGAUGAUCGCUGAGCUAUACGAAACGAACCUUUUCAAAGGGUCAGAGGCUGGCAUGUGGAUCAUUCAAGGACUCCUUGAGGGAUAUGGCAAUUUGAGUGACAAAUUGGCAUUCCGCACAGCAAUCCACGUUGGUGUUCACCUAAUCUGCUGGGGUAGUAGAGUGCCUGGAUGGGGUAGCAAAGAACAAAUUGCAGAUGUUGUAAAGAUUGGAAAUGACAUGGUUAUCGGAGGCUGGGCGAAGGACAAAGAAUGGUUUGAGAAUCAUGGACUUGGCUUCUUUUUCAAGAAAUGA